CUAAAACUUGCAUUAAAACUUAUUUUUUAGGACUGCUUGGUAACAUCAGUCUGAGCUGUAUAGUUUUGCUGGUUACCAGAUUCCACUGGCAGGCAAUCCAUGCACCGUCCCUGGCAUUAGCAGUUGGUCAGUGCUCUGCUGGAUGGUUCAUGUGGCCAUUCUCGCAAACCCUGUGUGCCUCAGUGGGUUUCUCCUAAGCUGUGUGUAGACUCCAAAUGAUGGCUGAGGUCACCCGGGCCCUCUGGUGUUUUAACACAAAACAUGGAUGUCAGCUUAACCUUUGUUUACCAGGAUGGUGCAGCCAGCAUUUUAAAUAUUUCCAGUUUUCUUGUUACUUUGAUGCCAAAUUAGGCAUAUUGGAGCAUUACUGUUAAACUCAACUUCUGGUGCAAGGAGAGCUUGGAGCCAGAGUGUUUAUAAGGUAUUAGGAGGUCUUGUUCUGCAGGGGUGGUUGUCAGUUAAACUGUGAUGACUUUUGAAGUUAUUUGUAUGUGGUUUAAAGGAAAUAUAGGGGCUGGCAUCGAGGUGUAGUGGGUAAAGCUGUCUCCUGUGAUGCUGGCAUCCCAUAUGGGCACUGGUUUGGGGUUUUGGCUUCUCCACUUCUGAUCCAGCUCCUGCUGGUACAUCUGGGAAGGUAGCAGAAGAUAGCCCAAAUUUUGGGCCCCUGCACGCACAUGGGAGACCCAGAUGAAGCUCCUGGGUUUGGCUUGGUCCAACCGUGGCCUUUGUAGCCAUCUGGGGAGUGAACCAGUGGAUGAGAGAUCUCUGUCUCCCUCUUUCUUUUAAAAGGGGAACUCUGUUGUGGGGAGUGCAACUUUAAUAGAGACCAGGAGAAAGAGGAGUGAUCUAGGCAGCAGCAGAAGUGAAAUGAUAGGUGGCAGGCCAGUUAAUAACAGCUUUAGACGGUGAUCUGCCAUCAAGGAGACACAACAAGGCCAGUCUACCCCCGAAUGGCACCUGUUGUCAACAUGCUACGUCAGGGCAUUGGGCAGUCAGCUGUCAUUGAAGAGCCCUGUCAGCUUUGCCAAGAGCAUGCCACUGGAAACAGGGCUGCCCUAGGGCUGGACUCCUGGGUCAAAACAUCACACCCUGUUGGCCCCAUGCUAAGAACCCUGCACUCUGCCAGCUUCCACAGUAACCCCCGUCAUCUGGGGGAUGACCUAGGCCUAGGGUCUGUAGCAAUCAGGCAGAGUUGUAGAUCUCCUUUUAGAGAGGCCACCUACUUGAUACUAACCUCCUAUGCUGACCAGCUCUCCCCCAAGGCCAGCUAGGUAAUGGAAGUCAACAGGGUGUCUUCCCUAGGGAAGUUCACACCUCCCUUAUGAUGUCCCAUCCAUACCCCAUGUGAAGAGUUAGCCUCGGGCUGCAGCUCCCGGCAUGCCCCGCACUCACGGCCACCCCCGUGCCUACACCUCCUUCAACUCCUCCCAGUGCCACAGUGCCGGAGUCCAAGCCACCACCGCAGCCAAAGCUGUGGGCACUAUGGCUUCUGGAGUUACAGUGAAUGAUGAAGUCAUCAAAGUUUUUAAUGAUAUGAAAGUAAAGAAAUGUUCUACACAAGAGGAGAAAAAAAGAAAGAAAGCAGUUCUCUUCUGUUUAAGUGAUGACAAAAGACAAAUAAUUGUAGAGGAAGCAAAGCAGAUCUUGGUGGGUGACAUUGGUGAUACUGUAGAGGACCCCUACACAUCUUCUGUGAAGUUGCUACCUCUGAAUGUCCGAUAUGCUUUGUACGAUGCCACAUAUGAAACAGAAGAGUCUAAGAAAGAAGACCUAGUGUUUAUAUCCUGGGGUCCUGAAAGUGCACCUUUGAAAAGCAGUAUGAUUUAUGCUAGCUCUAAAGAUGCCAUUAAAAAGAAAUUUACAGGGAUUAAACACGAAUGGCAAGUGAGUGGCUUGGAUGACAUCAAGGACCGUUCAACACUUGGAGAGAAAUUGGGAGGCAGUGCAGUAGUUUCACUUGAAGGAAAACCACUAUAAAAUGACAGUCAAGUGCCAUCUGGAUCUUAAGGCGUUUCCAUUUUUCCAGCUCAGUCCAUUGGAAUAGUAUUUUUUGUUUUUGUUUUUUCUGUUUUUUUUUUCUUUUUCCUUUUUUCCCCUUUCAACUUCUAACCCUUCUAACACAAUGAAUGAAGGAGGCAACAUUCAUUUAAGCAGCCUAUCAGUGAUUGCCAUUAGACUGUUGAAUGCAGUUACUUUAUAUAGAACCCAAGGAAUGCCUUCCCAUCUUAUUUCAGCCAAAAGAACUGGUUAGAUGCCUCCUUUGUAGCAAGCACUACAAUGAAUGUGAUUGUCAAUGUGAAUAGCCAGGAAUACUGCAAAGGGUAAGCUAACUGAAUGCCUUGCAGGUAUUAUCCACUGGGCAGAGGGUCAACUUGUUUCAGUAUUAUUUAUAGUUGCACUUGAUUGCGAAUCUGAGGCUUGAGCGUUCAUACACCUCACCUGCCUUGGCCAACCUAUUUGCGCGACAUGGCAGCACGGAUAUAACACUGUGCAUUAAAAGCACUUUUUUGUAAUGAGUUUAAUCCCCCCAAAGGAAUGCCAAUUAAGUUCUGUUAACUGUGUCAUCAAUUUAGCCUAGUACCUCAGUGUUCAUUCCUGUUACCUGCAUACCUUCUUAAACGAAAUAGCUAUUAUUAGUGCCUUUUUGUUUUCCAUUGAGCGUACACUACUGAAUAAGUGUAGGAGUUUUAAGUUUGCCAUGUGAGUCUUGCAGCACUAAAGAUAUUUUGAAUAUCAGUCAUGAUGACAAUUUCUGUAUAAAAGAGCCUUAAGUGGAACGUUGUUUUGAGAUCAGACUCCCACCCUCACAACAAUGACCACGUUGCAAUAAAAAUUGUGGAAUAUUAAAAAAAAAAAAGAGUGAGAUAGGUCUGGGCCUCAUAUAUACCUGGGCCAGGCCUCAGUGCCCAUUUGGUCAUUUGCAAGCCACUCCUCUCAGUUUCUGUUUGCCUCUCAAUGGGAACACUCCCUCCUGGUUUGGACAGCACCUUUCUUAGGGCCUCUAAUAGCAGUCCGUCCUCAGUUUUAGACCCUGUGUAUUUAAUCUGCUUGUUAGAUCUGUUUGUUCUAGGUAGGAAAAUUCUAGAUGGCCAUGCACACGAAACCUCGAAUGGAGACAGUUUCUGUGAGCUGAUGCUACGGCCCCUCGAGGCCACCUUCUGCUGGAACCCUGUCCCUGCCCCUACUCAGCAGGAAGAACUCAGCUUCAGUCCUCACCCAAACCCCGGUCAGCGCCAGGGUUUCCAUAAGCAGAGGGAGGAACGAGGAGCCCAGAGCUAGAAGCAGGAAAGACUGACUCCAUCCCAUAGCUCCUUGCCAGCACGCACACACUGAACAAAACGAGAGCGUUCUUUAUCUUUGGCGGCCAGGAUAGGAUUCUUGCUUUCCUGUUUCCCCCUUUGUCCUCCUCACUUUGGCCAUCUCUUCCACCGUGGACAGUGUUUCUAGUAUCUCCUUUUAUUCUUUUUUUUUUUU